GAUUUGAUUAAUUAUUGUAUUUUAAUAUUUUAAAUUUUGAAUCAAUAUAUUUUAUAUAUUUUAUAUAUAUUUUACGCUUUCUAGCACAAAAAAGUACAAACCGUUCUUCAAACAGACCUGAGAAUAGUAAGAACGUGUAGCUAAAUAUUAUUUUUUAAUUACAAAUAAAAUUACUUCUAUCUCUCUUUUCAAUCACAUAAUAUGUUCUUUAUAAUCGUGGUUUACUCUCAUGUACCGUGAUAUGCCGUAUCAGGAGGUAUCAGUAAACAGUGAACAAACCGUUAACUUUGCUUUCGUUACCCUUGCGAAAAUACAGUCGUCGUUUAUCAUUAAUCAUUAUUAAUAGGUUAAUUUUUGAGUUCACGACGUUCACGUUUUUAUAGUAUUGUUUUUGAAGUUUUAACAUUUUUUUAUUGAUACCUAUAUCUUUACUAACACUAGCUAUAUACCUAUAUGCGAUAAAAUGACGCUCGACCAAAUGUAGCAUGUGUCGAUAUUACACGCGACGAAAUUAUUAUUAUUAUUAUACCAUUCCGUAUCUCAUAGUUUGCAAUGCCCGGAAUUGAUAUAGUAAUCAGAAGAUUAAGACAGCUAUUGGAAAUCAACUGGCUCAUUGAAGAGUUAAAUGAUAUUAUAUACCAAAGAUUUAGGCCAGUCCGGGCAGAAGAGACCCCGCAGGCACCAGAAACCACCCCGCCAGUCGGCUUACCACUGCAGGCACCACAAACCACCCCACCAGUCGGCUUACCGCUGCAGGCUACAAGAAGAUGUACAACACAACAAAUAGAUGAUUCAGAAACCGUAACUGAAGUGAGAAGACUUCGGGAAUCAGCCGGCCGAUUUCCAAUAGAUCUCUAAUAUUCUGAUUAUUAUGUCAAUUCCAGGCUUGUGCUCAUCAAACUACGAUAUUUUUAAUUGGUGUAGACCAUAUCUGAAGAUUUUAAAAAAAUCUUAAAAAUUUUCUUAUAUUCUUCUGUUUUUAAAUGUAUUCCUGUCCAAUUUAAUUUCUUAAUUGUUUUUUUUAAAGGUUAAAAAAAGUCAUAUUCUGCACAACAUACUAUUUCCGGAAAAAGUCCAUUUUGAAUAAAAUUGUUAGAUAGGACAAAAUAUAAGAUAUAAUAUUUUUAAGUAUGAUGUGUUUUUAUUAAUUAA